CGGGUUUAGCUGCCGACCUCUUCCAUGCUGGGUAUUGUCCGUCGGUCCCGGCCGAUCUCCGCUCCCGAUCCCGGUCCCGGUCCCGAUCCGCGCUCUCGGCGCUUCCCUCUGGGCUGGGCUGGAGCUGGGUCUAGGGCUGGGGCUCGGCCCGCGGGCCCCGUGAGGCCGCGAGGAUGGCGGAGCCCCGACUGCGGCUGGUGCUGGCGCUGGCGGCACUGAGCACGGCCACCGGCACAGAAUCUAUGAUCCGAACAUUCACCCCUUUCUACUUCACGGUGGAGCCAGCAGACACAGUAGCAAUACGGGGGGCCUCAGUAAUACUGAACUGUUCAGUGUUUGCUGAACCCAAGGCCAAAAUUGAAUGGAGAAAGGAUGGGACAUUCCUAAACCUGGUUUCAGAUGAACGCAGGCAGAUGCUUCCAGAAGGUUCACUGUUAAUACAGAGCGUAGUACAUUCCAAACACCACAAACCUGAUGAAGGAUUUUAUCAGUGCGUCGCUACUAUCGAUAGCCUGGGGACGAUUGUGAGUCGGACAGCAAAGGUGACAGUGGCAGGUCUUCCCCGAUUCAGUGGUCAACCCCAAGCUGUCUCUGUGCAUCAAGGCGACACCACCCUGUUAGGAUGCGAGGUGAAUAGUGAUCUUGUUCCUUUUGUGAGGUGGGAACACAACCGUCAGCCUGUCGUGUUGGAAGGAAGGUUCCUCAAACUGCCCAGUGGCUCCUUGGAGAUCGGCAAUGUCUCUGACAGUGAUGCUGGAUCGUACCGCUGCUCUGUGGAAACCGCCGGUCUCUCUAAAACGAGCGAAGAGACAGAGCUCACCAUUUCACCAGAGAUAGGUGUAGAGCGAAAGAUGAAGUUUCUCCAACAACCUGUUCCCAUUAGUAAGAUAGCAGGCCAGACAGUAAUAUUACCUUGUGUGGUCUCUGGCUACCCAACCCCCACCAUUCACUGGAGCCGGAAUUCAGAGGCCAUCUUUGAAAGGUUCCAGAAGAUCACUUUGGUCGGAAGUGGUAGUCUACAGAUAAAUGAUGUCUCAGAAGAUGAUGCUGGGAUUUACAACUGCAUUGUGGAGAAUGGGAAUGAAACGAUGCAUGCUCAAACAGAGCUUAGUGUGCAAGUUCCCCCGCACUUCUUGAAGCGUCCAGCAAACAUUUAUGCUCAUGAGUCCAUGGACAUCGUGUUUGAAUGCGAAGUGAUAGGGUCGCCAAUGCCAACUGUGAAGUGGAUAAAGAAUGGGGACAUGGUCAUCCCCAGUGACUAUUUUAAGAUUGUUAAUGAGCGGAACCUGCAGGUUCUGGGUCUGGUAAAAUCUGAUGAAGGUCUGUAUCAGUGUGUGGCAGAGAACGAUGUAGGGAAUGAACGGGCCAGUGCGCAGCUCAUCAUCUUGGAGCAUGAUGUUCCCAUUCCGACGUUUCCCCCUCCCUCACUGAUAAGUGCCACUGCUGACCAUCUAGCAGCUGCCGCGGCUGGACACCUGCCGUCUGCCCCUCGGGAUGUGAUGGCACUCCUUGUCUCCACACGUUUCAUCAAGUUGACUUGGCGCCCACCCGCAGAGCCUCAUUCUGAGAUCCUCACAUACUCGGUCUAUUACUCGAGAGAUGGCACCAACAGGGAACGUGUGGAAAAUACAAGUCGACCUGGAGACUUGGAAGUGACAAUUGGUGAUUUGAUGCCAGAUGUGAAAUAUGUUUUCCGAGUGGUUGCUCACAAUAAACAUGGAGCAGGAGAGAGUUCUGCUCCUUUCAAAGUGGCCACCCAACCUGAAGUUCAAGUGCCGGGACCAGCUCAGAACCUGGUUGCACAAGCAAAAUCACCGACCUCGAUCACAGUCACCUGGCAGGAACCUCACUCAGUCAAUGGGCCAAUCAUAAACUACAAACUUUACUAUAUGGAGAAAGGGGCUGACAGUGAACAGGAUGUAGAUGUUGGGAGUCUUUCCUACACCAUGAAUGGGUUGAAGAAAUUCACUGAAUACAGUUUCCGGGUAGUGGCUUACAACAAGCAUGGACCAGGAGUCUCCACUGAGGAUGUGGUAGCAACAACCUACUCUGAUGUUCCCAGUGCACCCCCUCAGAAUAUCACGUUGGAAGUUCGCAAUUCCAAGAGCAUUGUGGUGCAUUGGCAGCCACCGCCUCCAGGGACCCACAAUGGUGUGAUCACUGGUUACAAUAUUCGAUAUAAAAAAGGCGGUCGGCGUGGUGAGACUGACACCACAGGAGGGAGCCAGCUUUCUCAGAUCAUAGAUGGAUUGGAACGAAACACUGAGUACAGCUUCCGAGUCUCUGCCACUACAGUGAAUGGCACAGGGCCAGCAUCUGACUGGGUGUCUGCGGAAACAUUUGAAAGUGACCUAGAUGAAUCCCGGGUCCCAGACAAACCCAGCUCUCUACACGUUCGACCUUUGAUUAAUAACAUUGUUGUGAGCUGGACUCCGCCUGAAAACCAGAAUAUUGUUGUACGAGGUUACACCAUUGGCUACGGCAUUGGCAGUCCUCAUGCAGAAACUAUUCGUGUUGACUAUAAGCAACGUUAUUAUACCAUUGGGAAUCUGGAGCCCAACUCACACUAUGUGAUUGCACUGAAAGCAUAUAACAGGAAUGGAGAAGGAAUUCCCCUGUAUGAGAGCACAGCCACCAGGCCUCUAACUGAUCCUUUUGACCCUUCCGAAGUUUAUAUAUUUGAUCUUUUCAAUAAUCCAUACACUCCAGUACCAGACCCUAGUCCCAUGCUGCCUCCGGUCGGAGUUCAAGCUACUGUCCUUACCCACGACACCAUCCGGGUCACCUGGGCCGAUAGCUCGCUACCCAAGAACCAAAAGAUCAUCGAUGCCCGAUUCUACACAGUACGUUGGAAAACCAACUACCCUGCCAACACCAAACACAAGACUGCAGACACCACCACGCUGAGUUAUAUCGUCUCAGGAUUGAAACCACACACACUGUACGAGUUUUCUGUGAAGGUAACAAAGGGUCGGAGGUCAAGUACCUGGAGCAUGACAGCACAUGGAACUACCUUUGAAACAGUACCAACAUCUCCUCCCAAGGAUCUAACAGUAGUGAGCAAGGAAGGAAAACCCAGGACCAUUAUUGUCAACUGGCAACCUCCAUCAGAGGCCAAUGGAAAAAUAACAGGAUAUAUUAUAUAUUACAGCACAGAUAUCAGUGCAGAGAUCCAUGACUGGGUGAUUGAGCCGGUGGUGGGAGACAGACUGACACACCAGAUCCAAGAUCUCACUCUCGAUACCAGUUAUUUCUUCAAAAUCCAAGCCCGGAAUUCCAAAGGCAUGGGGCCCUUGUCUGAGUUCGUCCAGUUCCGCACACCCAAAGCACUUGGAUCAUCUGGAAAAUUUGGGAAAAUCCCUCCAAUGAUGGACUCUGGUUCGGAUACAAGACACUCCAUCAGUGGUCACAACAGUCCCCAUGGCAGCCCUACCUCGAGCCUGGAUAGCAACAUGAUGCUGAUUAUCAUCAUCUCAGCAGGAGUCUUCACAAUCAUCAUUGUGGUCAUCAUUGCAUUGAUCUGCACUCGAAGGACUAACUACCAGCAGAAAAAGAAGCGUGCAGCCUGUAAAUCCGCUAAUGGGUCUCACAAAUACAAAGGGAAUUCAAAGGAUGUGAAACCCCCAGAUCUCUGGAUUCACCACGAACGCCUGGAGCUGAAACCGAUUGACAAGUCUCCAGAUCCCAAUCCAGUUAUGACUGAUACCCCCAUUCCCCGUAAUUCCCAGGACAUUACUCCAGUGGAGAACGCCAUGGACAAAGACCAUCAACGUAGGAAUUCCUACCUGGGCCGUGAACUUGAAGAUGGCAUGUCUACGCUGAGUGGGCGACGAGGCUUACGACCAAAGAUGAUGAUGCCUUUUGAUACUCAGCCUCCUCAGCCUGUGAUUAGUGCUCAUCCCAUCCAUUCACUCGACAACCCUCAUCAUCAUCUCCUUUGUGACGGACCUUCAUCCCCAACUCGCAGCUACCUUCGACAUCAGAUCAGCAGCCGGCCGCUUGGCCCAUCAGUAGACAGGGCCAAUUCUACAGAAUCUGUACGGAAUACACCAAAUAGCGACAUGUCACCAGCGCCAACUUCCCAGGCUCACCCUGUGGAGAGUAUAGAGGCUGAUGUUCCUGCAGUUUCAUAUUUGCCUGGAUCUCAGGAGGAGGAGUCCAAUCGCAGUGUUCCAACCGCCCAUGUGCGUCCAUCCCACCCACUGAAAAGUUUUGCUGUGAUCACCAUACCUCCUGUCAGUGCCAACUAUGAAACAGCAUCAUCUAGUACACCUUUACUGUCUCAGACAGGACCAAACCCGCAAGUACACUCUGUGAAGACAGCAUCUAUAGGAACCCUGGGUAGGAGCAGAUCCCCUAUGGCAGUAACUGUACCCAGUGCACCGGAUGUUGCAGAAUCCACUAAAAUGUUGGAAGACUCUGAUAGUAAUUAUGGCCCAGAUGAACUUACGGAAGAGAUGACACAUCUCACAGGGUUAAUGAAGGAUCUGAAUGUUAUCACUACGGCAUAGAUACAGACAGAAUACUGUGUUUCACAAACUGAAAAUAGAGCAGGUCUGAAAGGAGUAUGUACAAGACACCCAGAAGGGUCAGAUACAAAACAUAAUGUGAUGUGUUAAGUCUCGUGGAAAUUGCCUUUGUGACGAUCUCAGUCCAGUGGAUCCAGACUUUUGGAUAAUCAUAAAAUCCAGUUAAUGCCAUGGAACCUGACAACUCUCAGCUCUGACAGACCUGGAAAUGUACUGGAAGCACCAGUAUAGUGUUCGACAUUCGAUAUCGUCUAUUUACUGCGUGUUUACGUUUUCUGGUGUUAUAAAAAGAAUGUUGAAUUGUUACUUUGGUAUGCAGAUGUGAUGUUUGACUGCCUCACCGUAAGUUGGCGUGAGAUGCAUCAAUUACUAAUGUGGCCAUUUCUUGCUUCCUCUGCAUCACACAGUGCCGUGGCAUACAGACUCUAAUCUACACCUUCUGAUCAAACUGCCAAGCUAUCUGCGUUCAUCACUGUGAUCUCUUAGCAACCUUCAGAAUAUUACUGCUAGACUUGGCAAGUUAGCUGAUUAAAGCACAAUUAGGAAGAAGGAAUUGGCAAGCCCGAUCCACAAAUAACUCGAGGCUUAGCAUGACUCAAAGCACAUCCAUUUAAACAAGUGUGCAGCAGUUGACAUUUUAUAUGAAGAAUAAUAUCUUCACGUGUUCUAUUGGAAAUCAUUUAGCCAUAAGAAAAAAUGCUAAAUACACCCUACCAAAUGGGUUGAGAUUACAAGUUCUUUCUUAAAGUAUAUCAAAGGGGUUCCAAAUACACAGCCAGCAUUAAACCCUAUUGAAUGGGUUCCAAUUACAUGGUCUUUAUUAAACCUGAUCAAAUGGGUUCCCAUUAUGUAACCAGCAUUAAACCCUAGAGAUGGGGUCCAAUGAUUAAAAACUUCAGUAAGCAGGUUCAAUUUCUCAGCCCCUCACUGAAUCUUGUGGAGUGGUGCAUUUCGGUUACUGGAUCCAUAGGGAACCCAGAAAAUGGGUGAGUUUACUGUAUGUUCAAUGGACCUGGUUGAAUGGGUGCCAAUUAUGUGACGCUUGGAUCAACCCAAUACAUUGGGCUCAGAUUAGAUGACCUUGUUAAUUAAUGUAGUGAGUUCAGUUACAAACAAUUUUUUUUACCUUACCCAUACCAUCAUUGUAAUUGCUUCUACAAGUAUAGGUUUUACUUUGUUUGUGAAUAUUGCUUCCCUAUGUACAUCAUCAUGAAUGUUAAUAUAACUGUUUAAGGAAAUUUAUUGUAAUGAAUAUAACUGAACAAAGCUAUUGUGAAGGUUUAGAUUCUUCCCCCAGUUGUAGGCAGUAAAAUCAUUUUUGCACUUUUUUUCAUUCUUUUACAAAGGACUGUUUUCCUAUGGCCUGUUUAGACUUAGAAAAACCUAUAGUGUAACUGUAGUGUCCUCAUUAGCAAAAGCAGCUUUUUGUUUUCCAAGGAUGAUGUAGGUGCAAAUUGUUUAUUAAUCAUGAUGUAGAAAUGAUGCAAACUACUGUAGUUUAUGUACAAAGACCUUUGCUAGUAGCAUUAUUCUGUGGCUUUUUUAAAUUUCAUGUUCUAAUGUAAUAACGGAAUUCCAAUACAUUUUGUAUUCAACCAGUAGGAGUGUGAACAUAGACUUUUAUUCAUGGUCUACACGGCCUGUGUAAUGGAUGAAUAUAUCGUGAUGAUAUGCUGUUACGUAGCUGAAAGGCUAGCUCUGCAGAAAGGAACUGAUGGUCUAUCUCAGAUGGGGAACUAAAACUGAUCAGAGUUCCCCUAGAUUAUAAUGAAAAAUCAGUCUGAGUGCCCCCCCCACCUCCAACCCCCCCACCUCAUUGCUAUUAUCCAAAGCUUGUUUGCUGAAAAAUGUAUGGGGAAUAUCUUGCCAAUAUUUAUGUCGGCACCUUUGGAAAUGUGCCCUAAUAAAGGGGAUAUUGGGAAUCAGCUGGGAUUUGCUGUAGAGGGAUCAGGGCAAAAGAAAAACUGAAUGCAAAUUUUGUGCUGCAGAUCAGCAUUUCCCCUCUCAAUUUUGGAAUUUUGAAGGAGAGUCAUACUGCUCUCACAAUAUGAGCUCUUGUUCUCUCACCACAGACUCUGCCAGACCUGCUGAGUUUCACCAGUAUUCCCACUUUGUUUUAGAUAUUGAAUUGCGUUUUCACCAAUUCCUUUUGAAUACUAAGACAGCAAAGAGUUGUUGUUCAUCAUACCCCUAACCAUCAUUACAGGUUUUCAAGAAUGGUAGGGGAUAAAAAGAACAGAGCUUUGAAACUCCAGUAUUAUUCCAGUUUAACAGGAAUGACUGGAUAAAUGUUUGCUCCUGGGUUUAACCAUUCCAGUAAAAGCAGUAAAUAAUGAUCUUCAGAAACUUCUCCGUAUUUCUGGCGAUAAUGCAGAGGCUACAAUAAUGCACCAAACAACUUAGCUCACCUGUUCAGACUUGAUUUACACACUAAAGAUAAGAAUAAUGCAAUUAAAUUGAAAUUACUCUAUCA